GGCAGUCCCAAGGUCCUUCUCCGUGGGGCGAUGCUCGCGGUCGUGGCCGCGCUCUGGUGCGCGGCACCGACGGCAACGGCGACGGCGCUGACUUUGGCCGUGGUGCUCCCCGAGCGCAACCUGAGCUACCCCUGGGCUUGGCCACGCGUGGGCCCGGCCGUGCGCUUGGCCGUGAACGCCGUGAACGCGCGCCCCGACCUCCUGCCGGGCUUCACCCUGCGCUGGGUGUUCGGCAGCAGCGAGGACGGCCACGGCGUCUGCUCCGAGAUGGCCGCGCCUUUGGCCGCCGUCGACCUGCAGCUCGCCCAUCACCCCGCAGCCUUCCUCGGGCCCGGCUGCGUGUACACGGCGGCGCCGGUCGCCCGCUUCACCAGCCACUGGCGACUGCCGCUGGUGACGGCCGGGGCCGAAGCUCACGGCUUCGACGACAAACGGGAGCAGUUCGGGCUCACGACCCGAGCCGGUCCCAGCCACCGCAAGCUGGGCGAGUUGGGCGUGCAGCUCCAUCGCCGCUUCAACUGGACCCGCCGGGCGCUGCUGGUCUAUUGGGACGAGAAGGUCGACGACCGCCCCUACUUCUUCGCCGCCGAAGGGCUCUACGUGCAGCUGCCGGCCCUGCGCAACCUGACCGUGCUGGACGUGGUGUUCCGCGGGGGGGGGAACUUCUCCUUCAUCAUCCAGGAGAUCAAGCACAAGGGGCGCGUGGUUUACGUGUGCUGCGCCCCGGGCACGCUGCGGGAGCUGCUGCUGCAGGCGGAGCGCGAGGGGCUCACGCGCGGGGACUUCGUCUUCUUCUACAUCGACAUCUUCGGGGCCAGCCUGCAGGGGAGCCGCUUCCCCGAGCCCCAGCGGCCCUGGAGGCGCGGGGACCGCCACGAUGCGGCCGCACGCAGGGCCUUCGAGGCCGUCACCAUCAUCACCUACAGGGAGCCCACAAACCCCGAGUACCGGCCCUUCCUGGCGCGCCUCAAGGCGGAGGCCAUGGCUCACUUCAACUUCUCCAUGAAGGACGGCUUGAUGAACUUCAUCGCGGCCGCCUUCCACGACGGGGUCCUGCUCUAUGCACAGGCCCUCAACGAGACGCUGGAGCGCGGGGGCUCCAUCAGCAACGCCACAGCCAUCACCCGCCAGAUGUGGAACCGCACCUUCUAUGGUGUCACCGGUUUCCUGAAGAUCGAUGAGAACGGUGACCGGGAGAGCGAUUAUUCCCUAUGGGACAUGGACCCGGUGCUGGGGGACUUCCAGAUCGUGGCCAACUACAACGGCACCACCAAGCAGCUCCAGAUGGUGCCGGGCCGGGCCAUCCAUUGGCCAGGGAACGUGGUCCCCUCCGACGUCCCCCCCUGUGGCUUUGACAACAGCGACCCCCAAUGCCACAAAGGGAGCCUGUCCAGCCUGGAGCUCCUGUCCCUUGUGGUGAGCAUCCUCCUCCUGGCCAUCACCGUCACCUCCUUCUUCAUCUACAGGAAGCUGGCGCUGGAGAAGGAGCUGGCGGCCGAGCUGUGGAGGAUCCGGUGGGAGGAUGUGGAGAUGAGCAGCUUGGAGAAGCACCUGAGGAGCACUGGGAGCAAACUCACCCUGUCCAUGAGGGGCUCCAACUACGGCUCAUUGAUGACCACAGAGGGGCAGUUCCAGGUCUAUGCCAAGACCGCCUAUUACAAGGGGAACCUGGUGGCCGUGAAGCACCUGAACCGGCCGCGCAUCGAGCUCACGCGCAAGGUCCUCUUCGAGCUCAAGCACAUGCGGGAUGUCCAGAACGAGCACCUCACCCGCUUCAUCGGCGCCUGCACCGACCCCCCCAACAUCUGCAUCCUGACCGAGUACUGCCCCCGGGGCAGCCUGCAGGACAUCCUGGAGAACGAGAGCAUCACCUUGGACUGGAUGUUCCGCUAUUCCCUCACCCACGACAUUGUCAAGGGGAUGCAGUUCCUGCACAACGGCGUCAUCGUCUCCCAUGGGAACCUCAAGUCCUCCAACUGCGUGGUGGACAGCCGCUUCGUGCUCAAGAUCACCGACUAUGGGCUGGAGAGCUUCCGCCUGCCCCCCGAUGGAGAGGACACCCACGUGCUCUUCGCCAAGAAGCUGUGGACGGCGCCCGAGCUCUUGAGGAUGGAGUCGCCCCCGGGCCGUGGUACCCAGAAGGGCGAUGUCUACAGCUUCGGCAUCAUCCUGCAGGAGAUCGCCCUGCGCAACGGGGUCUUCUACGUGGAGGGGAUGGACCUCAGCCCCAAAGAGAUCAUCGAGCGGGUGAAGAGCGGCGAGCGCCCCAGCUUCCGCCCCUCGGCAGCCGUCGGGUGCCAGCUGGAGGAGCUGGGGCAGCUCAUGCAGCUCUGCUGGGCCGAGGACGCCCUGGAGCGCCCGGACUUCAACCACAUCAAGGUGCAGCUCCGCAAGUUCAACAGGGGGAGCAGCAGCAACAUCCUGGACAACCUGCUGUCCCGCAUGGAGCAGUACGCCAACAACCUGGAGGAGCUGGUGGAGGAGCGCACCCAGGCCUACCUGGAGGAGAAGCGCAAGGCGGAGGCGCUGCUCUACCAGAUCCUGCCCCACUCGGUAGCGGAGCAGCUGAAGCGGGGCGAGACGGUGCAGGCGGAGGCCUUCGACAGCGUCACCAUCUACUUCAGCGACAUCGUGGGCUUCACGGCGCUGUCGGCGCAGAGCACCCCCAUGCAGGUGGUGACGCUGCUCAACGACCUCUACACCUGCUUCGACGCCAUCAUCGACAACUUCGACGUCUACAAGGUGGAGACCAUCGGCGAUGCCUACAUGGUGGUGUCGGGGCUGCCGGUGCGCAACGGGAAGCAGCACGCGCCCGAGGUGGCGCGGAUGGCGCUGGCCCUGCUCGAGGCCGUGCGCUCCUUCCGCAUCCGGCACCGGCCCCAGCAGCAGCUGGAGCUGCGCAUCGGGGUGCACACGGGACCCGUCUGUGCCGGGGUUGUGGGGCUCAAGAUGCCCCGGUACUGCCUGUUCGGGGACACGGUGAACACGGCCUCGCGCAUGGAGUCCAAUGGGGAAGCGCUCAGGAUCCACAUCUCCGCUGCCACCAAGGCCGUGCUGGAGGAGUUCGGCUGCUUCGAGCUGGAGCUCCGGGGGGACGUGGAGAUGAAGGGCAAGGGGAAGGUGAGGACCUAUUGGCUGCUGGGGGAGCGGGGGGGCAGCACCCGGGGCUGACCCCCCCCAG